AUCAAGGGGAUAAACAUGAGCCGCCGUUUCCUGGUGAACCGGGUGCAGGACUACAUCCAGAGCAAGAUCGUGUACUACCUGAUGAACAUCAAUGUGCACUCUCACUCCAUCUACCUGUGCCGCCACGGAGAGAGGAACCACAAUGUGGAGGGCCGCAUCGGGGGGGACUCCGAGCUUUCUCCUCGAGGGAAACAGUUCGCCCACGCCCUGAGAGGCUUCAUAGAGGAGCACCAACUGUCGGAUUUAAAGGUUUGGACGAGUCAACUGAGGAGAACCAUCCAGACGGCGGAGGAGCUCGGGGUUCCUUAUGAGCAGUGGAAGAUUCUCAACGAGAUCGAUGCUGGUGUGUGUGAGGAGAUGAGCUAUGAGACGAUCGAGAACACUUUCCCAGAGGAGUUUGCUUUGAGAGACCAGGACAAGUAUCACUAUCGCUACCAAGGAGGAGAGUCCUACCAGGAUCUUGUUCAGCGACUGGAGCCGGUCAUCAUGGAGCUGGAGAGACAGGGCAACGUGCUGGUCGUCUGCCACCAGGCCGUGAUGAGAUGUUUGUUGGCGUACUUCCUGGACAAAAGUGCAGAAGAUCUGCCAUACAUGAAGUGUCCGCUCCACACUGUGCUCAAACUCACACCUGUGGCGUAUGGUUGCAAAGUGGAACUGUUUUAUCUGAAUGUGGAGUCAGUGAACACACAUCGAGACCGGCCCCUUGAUGAAACCCUGAGGGACUCUGCUCUCGUACCUCGGAGGAAUAGUUAUACUCCCUUGUCCAGUCACGACCAGGUCAAGCGUCCCAGGCUCUACAGUGCGGGAAACCCGCCCUGGCUACCGCUUGCCCCCACGCCAUCAGCUCUGAUGCCAGAGGGACGGCAAAGCCAACCCCGAAUAGGAAGCAGAUGUCUGAGUCCCUGUGCGAAGGAAUCGACUUUGACAGCUCCGAGGAAACUAGUGGCUGUGUCCGCUUCUGAGUGAAGAUGAAAAGUCCUGUUCUUCACGGCGCAAAUUAAAGUUUGGGUUCGAUCAUGAUUCAGAAGAUGGAUAGAAGUAUUUUUGAACUAGUGUUUUGGGACAUCGUGGUUUGAAGGAGGAUGAAGUCAAAGAGGAGUUUGUGUUUUAAAACCAGGCAACUUGGACACAGGGUCAAUUUUGUUUCUUUAUAUCUGCAGUUUCUGUAUUUGUCUUUAUUCUGCAUUCUGAGGCUUUGACCUGGAGGCCUUAUCACUAGUAUCAUAAACUAUUCUGCAUGUGCACUACAAGAAUCUUUUAACAAAACAACACAACACAGUGUUUUAAACAACUGCCAACUGUUUCUUAUUGU